GGGUUGCACGUGCCAAACAUUACAAACGGAUGGGCAUGGAGAUUCUAGGCAACAGAGGGGAACAGGCGAUAAGAAAUCGGGACAAAUCCAGCACCUCCUGCGUCCUCUCCGCUUUCCAUGGCCCAAGCUCUCAUCUCCUUCUCGCUCAUGCAUGCCACUGCCGCCAAAUCCGCGCGAGCUCGCGCCCUUCCUCGGCUGCUCCCCUCCUGCAAGGCUUCUGAGCUCGUAUCUUCCUUCAAGCGUGGUUGUCCCCAUUGUUUUUGGAUUACAUCUAGGAAGAGGAAAAAUGUAUGCCAAGCAAUGUCAGUUUCCAUCAGGUGUGAGCAGGGUGCAAAGAAGAACAACAGAUUGGAUGUAUGGCUGGGUCGCCUUGCAAUGGUUGGGUUUGCAACAGCAAUAACUGUUGAAAUAGCAACAGGAAAAGGACUUCUAGAGAAUUUUGGGUUCACUACACCACUACCAACGCUAGCAUUGGUUGUAACGGCACUAGUGGGUGUUCUGACAGCAUUCUUUAUCUUUCAGUCUGCCUCUCGAGAUUGAUUGCUCUUUUAAGUGUAUGUAUAUUUUUCAGUUUAAAGGUCUUCCAUUUCAUCAUUGUUUUCAUGCUGAUGUAUUAGCUUCUUAAUGACAGUUUUGUUAUGUAAGGAAGAUGGUUUAUGUAAUUUGUGGAUCGUUUUUGGAUGCUUAUUGUUUUGGAAAUGGCUGAAAAUUGUCUGGCACUGUGCCAUUGUAUAGCAAUACAUAUUCCAAAGUUGCUAUAUUUCCUACCGU